AUGGCUGUUUUUUUAUAAAGUUUGAAUAUAAGUGAGUAUUUGUAUUGCAUUUGCUGGGGCUGUUCUAUGCCUGGAGGGGUGUUCUUUGUUUGUUCUUUUACUCACAAUUUGUUUUUACUUUUAUAAAUGCCACAGUCUUCAUAAGAUGGCAUGUAUCCAAAUUUUUAGAAAAUUCCAUUUUAUUUGAUUUUGAUUUGUGGAAGUUUUACAGGUUGUUCUGUUCAUACACAUGAAAGAGAGGUUCAUUAACACAGAUAUCAUGAAAACUCCUCUUAUUUAUUUUUAUAUCCUUCAGCACUGGACAUUAUUUUCAAUUAUCUUUUUAACUCUUAGUGAAAUAUAUACUGAAAGGGGAAAAGUCUUACUUCACUCCUUCCAUUUGAAACAGAAGUAAAGUUCUGUUCCACUCCAUAGAAAUGCGAAAAGCAGAUAGUAAUGGGCAAUAGCCCAAAUAAGAAAAAUCAGGCCAAAUCUAAAUCUUAGCACUGCCAUAUAGGAUUCUACAGUAGAUAUGUUCUGUUAGCAUCUAAAAAGAAAUCUGCCGCUUUGACCAGUAUUUUCAAAAAUAGGAGCGUAAAGUUAGGCUCCUAAAAAUUUGUUUAAGCAUUUCAAGUGUGUCCUGAUUUUUCAAAAGUGCUAAGGCCCGUGAGGCUUAAACUUUAUCUUACCUCAGUCUGUAAUUUUUUUAAAUAUCAAAAUUGUGCAGUACUGUUGCAAUACUGUGUGGGUAAGUUAGCUAAAUCUUACAGGGGCCUUUGGAUAAUUAAGAGUAGAUUAGUAAGUCUCAGCUGAAUUAUAGGUUCCUCAAAACCCGAACAUGAAAAAAAAAAUGGAACCUAAGUAACUUAGGUAUUGUACAUUGCAUCUCAGUGGGAAAUGUAAAUAUGCCCUGUUAGAGUUGUAGGGAGGUUAUCAGGGGAGGGCAGCAGAGAAGGAAAGGAAGAGUUGCUUGGUCAAGGUCAUGUAACAGAUCACUAGCUUAGCAGGGAAUGGAACCCAAGGGUGUGUCCAGAUGAGUGCGUUUUUGUGGUUUGCGGAGCUGCACAUGCAGGCGUUGAUGCUGGGAGAUCCUGGUGUCAAAAAAACCUGCGGCAGAAAAAAGUGGGGCAGUGCAUAUAGCAGCACCUUGUACCACCUGAAACAGGACCCUAGCUGGCCGGAGCUACACUUUGGUUGCUGGCCUGGCUCCAUGCGUCUGGAUCACCUCCACUGUAGCUGUGGAAAGCCCCCAAGAUCCCAGGUAAAAGAACUGGUAUUUUUAGAAGAGAAAAAUUCAGAUGCUUUUGCUGAAGGAAGCCAGCUUGACGAAGGAGUCACAUACACUGUUGCAAUUAUAAAACCUGAUGCUGUUACUGAUGGAAGAGUGGAAGAAGUUAAACAAAAGAUUAUAGAAGCAGGCUUUGGUAUUGCAGCAGCAGAAGAGAAGAUUCUAACUGAGGAGCAAAUUAGAGAGUUCUACAGUCAUAAGACAGAACAGCCUGAUUUUGAAGAUUUUGUUCAGUUCAUGAUGAGUGGACCAUGCCAUAUUCUGAUAGUUUGUCAAAAGCAAGCAGCUGAUGAUAAUAUUCCUAACUGGAAAGAGCUAAGUGAAUCAGAUGAGAAUCUACUUGAAGAGUCUGAGUCCCAAAAGCUAAGCAGGUUGGGAGAAGUCUUGGAAAAUGAAAAUAUGUUAAAUGUAUGUGAUGUUCAAGACAGCAUAGAAGAGGCUAGUAGGCAACUUGCCUUCUUUUUCCCAAAUUUUGGUAAAAAGAAGACAGGCCAAAAUGCUGAAAGAACAUUGGCUUUAAUUAGACCUUCUCUCUUAAAGGAAAAUAAAAGUACUGUUCUGCAAAGGAUUAAGGAUGAUGGCUUUACAAUUGUAAUGCAGAGAGAAGUAGUUUUAACAGAAGAACAAGCACGAGAGUUUUACAAAGAGCAUGAAAACGAAGAUUAUUUCCCAAUACUUCUAGAACAAAUGACCAGUGGUCCAACUCUUGCUCUUGCAUUAGUACGAGAAAAUGCUGUACAACGCUGGAGAGAUCUGCUCGGCCCAAAGACUCUUGAAGAAGCUAAGGAGAAGUGUCCAACCAGUUUACGUGCAGAGUAUGCAAUAGACAAUGUACCUCUCAAUCAGCUGCAUGGCAGCUCUUCACCUGAUCAGGCUCAGAAGGAAUUAGAUUUCUUCUUCCCUAUGGAACACACUUUGGCAGUAAUAAAACCCUCUGCUCUUAAGGAACAUAAAGAUGACAUAAUUCGAGAAGUUACAAAUGCUGGAUUUAUUGUAUCGAAGAUGAAGGAAACAUGUUUUACUCAUGAAAUGGCAGAACAGUUUUAUAAAAAUCAUGAAGGGAAACCUUUUUUUGAUCAGUUAGUGAAUUGUAUGUCUGAAGGUCCAUCAAUGGUAAUGAUCCUAUCUAAGGAAAAUGCUGUGGAGGAGUGGAGGCAAUUAAUGGGUCCAGCUGAUCCAGAAGCGGCAAAAAUGUGUUCUCCCAAUUCAAUUCGAGCACAGUUUGCACAAGAUAUUUUGCAUAAUGCAGUUCAUGGAUCAUCCAAUAAGGAACAUGCAUUGAAGAGCAUUGAAUAUGUAUUUGGAGAAAUUAAUUUGGAAAGCCUAAGUCACAAAUAAGAUACAGUUUAACAGUUAAAAUUUAUACCAUAAGACAGUUAUUUCCAGCUAUAUAUCUGUGUUUAUGCUAUAUAAAAGGCACUAAUAAAAUUAUUUCUCCUUAUUAAAAUAUUUUGUUACCAAGUAGUAACAUUAGAGGGCACAAAUAAAAUAUUUAUUAGAAUAUUAAUAUUGGUAACGAUUGUAAUGGUUAUGUUUGAGAAAUAAUCUUCAUUAUAGCCCUUUAAUUAAUAGGCUUGCAGCUUUCUAAAAUGUAUACAUAAGGACAGAAAUUUGCAAUGUAAUCUUUGUCAGAGGUGAUUUCCUCUUUCACUGAAUGCAUAUUUUGUAUCUAUUGAUAGAGCAGGUAUAGUGUGAACUAUCAUUUGAGCUUGAGAAAUGACAGGAAUAAUUUUAGUGCUGCCUGUUGCAAGUUCCCUUUUUGUGAACCUCAUCUCAUCUAUUUAUGAGUAUAGGCAUGAAAAUAUUAAGUUUAGUGGUUAAUGUUUUCACUCAGUUCAUUUAAUAGGGAUACUGGGUAAAAUAGAAUUAGUACCUUCAUGAGAUGAUGUUUUUAGGAAUUUAGGUAGUAAAGGGCAGAUAAUAUAUAAAAUGACUAAAGUCUUUGCUAUACCUGUACAAGGUAAGCGAAUGGCAAGAAGCUGAUUUUGGUUUCUCAUUUAAAUUUUCCCAGAGUUGGUCAGACUGGAAUGCAGCAAGUUUACACAACUUUCUGGGGGGGUUUCUAAAUUCUUAUAGUUGUGUAAAUCAACAUCAAGUUGUGGCCCUAUCCGUGUGCUGGAAAAUAUGCCUGUAAACUGGAUUGUGAAUGAGUGUUGAUAUUUCUCUUAAAAUACAUGGGAAAGGAAUCAAAAUUUUCAUUAAAAAAAAAUUCCAGUUUUAUGUCUUGAGCUCAUGACUCUGUGUCCUGAGCCCUAGGAAUUACAUUUCUGUUCAUCUACAUAUAUUCCUUGAGAAAUAAAUAUAAUUUAAAAAUCAUAUAUAUAAUUAAAAAGCAGGCACAGAUGGUUGGGGAGAAUACCUGUUCUCACAAACUGAAAUACAAGGGAAUAGUGUGUUCAAUUAUGCUAAAUAUUCUUUCAUCUCAAUAUGUCAUGCUUCUUCUUUCACAGACUAGACUCUGUCCGUCUAUUAACAUUCCUCCAACACGGUAAUUAAAAUGCAUAAUACAAAUUUCUCAUGACUUCUAUACUGUACCACAAAAUCUUAACACUGACCUCUGACCUCAAUAUGCUUGUCUGUCAAUUACUAUGAUUCUGGAGAACAAGGAAUUUGAAGCUCAAAGUUCAUGCAGUAGCCUUUAAAACAUACAUUAUUUGGGCAUCACAAAGCUAGUGGAUCCAAAGCAUGUUGCAGUGGAAGUCAGUGUUCAAGAAAGGAGCACGAUAUUGUUGGCUACAAAGAACCAACUCACGGGAUCAUGAUAAAUUCUGGUUUAUUGGAUAGGAUGUGAAGUUAGCAAUAAAAUCAUAAAUGCAAACUUUGAUUUAUGGGUGGUACUGGUCACCUUAGUGCACACACACGUGCACUCACUUAUUUAAACCUAUGUAGUAUAGUGUAUAGUAGCUGCUGUGGUGAUUGUGAGAGCACUGGUGUCAGUAUAUCUAUCUAUUUGAGGCCCUAGAGUCUGCCAUUGAUGGUCAGCUUCCUUCAAGACAAUGUCUUCUCCGGAAGGGGUUCGCCUGCUUGUCCUUCUGUCUCGGUAAGUCAGGUGCUGGAUGAGAGAGCACCACUGAGGGUCACGCUUCACUGCCUUUUAUCCCUUUCUGGCAGACUUGUGUGAUACUUCAGCAUCAUCUUGGCUGUCCAAUCCGGAGGUCGUGGUCCCGCAUGGGUUUUGAGUAGUACAUGACACCUGUUAGUCACUCAUUCAUUCAAGGGACUGCACAAUAUAGCAGAUUUUAUCACAUUACAAUUUCAAUGCAGUUUUUAACAGUGGUCCAGGGUAUAACUUCAUUCUACAGGGAGUACAUUCCUUAAGGUUUUGAAAGUAUAAAUAUCAAAUACAAAAUGCCAUGGUAAAGAUGAGACCGAUAAAAUAUAAAAAUGCACCAUGAGAAAUGUAUAAAAAUGCAAUGUUGGGUAGCGAGGAUAAAAGGUUACUGGGGACUGUAAAUGAGUUAGGUUAGUACCAAGAUAUAUUUACAGUCGUUGAAGUAGAUAUUUUAGUUCUUUUGUUUUCUUUAGUGACACUGAGCUUAAAUGGGGUAGAUGUAGUUUAUAGGUUUCUCCUACAGAAAGCCACUUCAAGCUUCCUGGCUUGCUCUGAGCCUUGCCACACCCAGGGAAUGAGUGUUCUAGGUCUCUGCCAAUACUUAGAAGGAAAAAGAAAUGCAAAAAAUGGGGGUAGAGGGGGUGCAGGCAAGAAGGGGCUUCUGUUAUAUCAAUGUUCAGAAGCAGAAUGUACAAAGGGGGCUUUCUGCUACAAUAUUGCCAGCUGGAAAUAUAUGGAUUCAUCAUAUUUCCUCUUUGUCAAUAGUGUGCCCUGUUCUGGAAAGGAAUCCUUUUUGGAUGCUGGGGCCACAGUUUGCACAUGAAUACACACACAACUAUACACAUGCACACUCAUUCUUUGUCUCCAUGUGGGCGAUCAAGCCCAUUACACUGUGUUUUUGCUCAGUUACACUGAAAUAAAUAUUAAGUGGAAGCAGAAUUUGCUAUUAUAGCACUAAACCUUUGGAAAGGAUUAUUUUAUGACAAUACAGAUAUGAUUAACAAUGUGAAAUAGAUAUAUAGGUAUUCACAUGUGUGAAUCUUCUUUAGCUAUUGGAAAGCUGCUAACAAAAUAAUGACUGUUUGAUAUAUCUCAUACAAAGGCUUUGAAUGCUGUAGUAUAUUUUAUUGCCCCUGUCUCAGAAGUUUCAGUGAGCUCUAGCUGUUUCAUAGAUCUGCCUGGUUAAGUGUGAUGUAAUUUUAUUUACUAUGCUAUUAUUUGCUUAACCUUGAUACUUUAAAGGCCAUUACAUCACUCAUGGCCUCAUAAUUCAGAUAUACCCAAUCUGUUCUGAAGAAAAAUAUGGCUACUUUUUUCCAAUAGGAGAUUUUAAAACUUUAGCUGUGGAUGAAUUGCACUACUUGUGUUCUUUAACACUUCUGAACAAGAUUUUGUGUGUUUAAUUAAGAUGCUAGUUGUUUUACCAUCCCUGUGGAGGAGAUUAUAAGGUUCUUAUUGCUGAAAUGUUAUAAUUAGGUCUAUAAAGCUUAUUUAUGUAUGUUGUCCAAAUAUUAUGAAUAUAAAACUGAACUGUGAAAACACAUGCCAUUUAUUACAGCUAUUUACCUUGAUUAAUUAUCUUCUUGUACUUGUCUUCUUUUAGCAAUUAAGACCUUACUUCUAUAUAAAAGAGAAUGUAAUUUUGGUGACAGUUGAUUACUUAAACAUUGUGUAGUUCUGUAUAGAUUAAGAUGUUGCAAAGAUUUGUUAUAAAGAACUAGAAGUUGUACCAGAAAUGGCAAAUGAGAAAAUUAUGAGCAACAUAUAUCAAUUUUUGCUUGUAGUAUGAGACAAA